CCACACUUGACCUGGGAACAUUUGCUUACCCUCCCCCAAAACCUACCUAGUCAAAAAGUACUGUCCAGGUAAGUUCAACUACUACUAAGUACGAUUAUUUGCCAUUUUUGGCAACGUCUCGUUUGGCACCUGUCGGAGCUCCUAAAGCUUCCCGCCUCGAGUCAUUAAGCUAGAGUCAGGCCACAAUCUCAUUAUUUCUGUGUUCAGCACGGAGAAAUGCUAUUGUCCUAGGGCUUAUUAUCCGCAGAAGUGCAAUAGACUCUAAUUCCGACUCAAUAGUGUCGAUCAUCAUGGCUCCUCGCUCUCAAUUGGAGAUCGCCACGGCAUCUGUCGAGCGCCUGGUCAAAGAAGAGGCUUCGUACCACCGUGAGCUGCAGGAGCAGACGGAAAGAGUCAAGAAGCUGGAGUCCCAGGAGGGCGGCGAUGACGAAAACAGAGAGUACACAUUGAGGCAGGAGCGUCUGGCUCUCGAAGAAACCAAAAAGGUCCUCCCGACAUUGAAGCAGAAGAUUGAGGAUGCUAUAGCCAAGCUCAAUAGUUUGCUGGUUGAGGAAGGAAAGAAAGGCCCCGAAAGUAAUGUCGAGCAUAUUAAUGCUGCGAAGGAAGCCAUCGCCAAAGCCCGAACAGCGGAGCGGGAGAUCGCCUGAGAUAGCUCAUUUUUCCAUCUACUGGCACAUGUACUUAAUCCACAGCACGAAAAUUAUUCAAUAAAUUGCCCCU